GGUUUGAUUGCCCGGGGAACGUGCCAUUGUUGGAAAUGUGAUUCCCGUUUUUAAUAUGUUUAUUCUGUCUAUUUACAGCACUUAAAAAAAAAAAAAGAUGACUUAUUUGGAACCUGAUCAGCCUGGAAAAGUUUAUUUUUAAGAAAAAAAAAAGGGUUGUAAAAAUGGCAUGUUGUAUGACAACUGAUCCGUAUCGUCGUCACAGUAGGACUUUAGACAAAGAGAUAGAACAAUGGAUGCAGGCCUACAAAAAAACUAUAAAAUUUCUUCUGCUUGGUGCUGGUGAAUCAGGAAAGAGUACGAUAGUGAAGCAAAUGAAAAUCCUGCAUAUACAAGGAUUUUCUGAUCUGGAAAGGCAAGAGAAGGCUGCUCACAUUAGAACAAACAUUUUAGAAGCUAUUAAGGAAAUAAUUGGAAACAUGGGCAGUUUGAAGCCACCAGAACGUUUACACGAUGACAGCAAUGUUGAAAGCCUCCAGUAUAUUCAAUCUGUAAGCUUAACAGAAGAUUUUGCCUAUCCUCAGGAAUUUUAUGACCGUGUCAUACAGCUGUGGUCUGAUCCUGGUGUGCAGCGUGCAUUUAAUAGAAUGGGUGAAUUUCCACUCAUCGAUUCAACUAAGUAUUUCCUAGACAAAAUUCAAGUAAUCCGGAAAGAUGAUUAUUCACCGAGCGAUAAAGACAUAUUGCAUUGCAGAAAAAGAACUUCUGAAAUAUCCCGGAUUGAAUUUACCGUCAAAGUACCAAAGAAAUAUGGUGGAGGUUACCAGUCUUUCUGGAUGUUUGAUGUGGGUGGACAGAGAGGAGAGCGUAGGAAAUGGAUACAGGUGUUCGAAGGAAUUACGGCAAUUCUGUUUCUUGUUGCAUCGUCCGGAUUCGAUCAGACUAUACGAGAGGACCAGAAGACAAAUAGACUGCAGGAAAGUCUCUCACUUUUCCAAGAUGUCUGGAAGAGUCGGUUCCUGAAAGAAUCUGGAUUCAUUUUAUUUCUUAACAAGCAAGAUCUGUUACAGGAAAAAAUGGAAAAAGGUGCACAGAUAGAAAAGUUCUUUCCAGAAUAUGCACACUAUCAACCAAAUGACUCGGAUGAAGUAAGAAAUGAGUAUGAGAAAGCACGAUGCUUUAUUAGAGAUAUAUUUUUGGUUGAAACAAAGAAACAAACAACACUAAAAGAAGACAGUUAUUACGAUAACAGGCGAAGUUCCAAAAAUCGAGAUUGUUUUUGGCACUACACGACAGCAACAGAUACACAAAAUGUUAAAAGGGUAUUUGAAGACAUUCACACAAUGAUUGUAAUGCUCAAUCUAGACAGCAUUUCACCAGUUUGAAAUAUAUGACUUAAGUAAUGAUAUCCUUUGCAUCUUUAAAUUACCUAUAAUAAUAAUGAAUGAAUCGUCCACCCUAUUUAUAUAUAUUUGAAGAAAACAUAAAUGAAAAUAAAAUAUGACCUGACAUGAAACCGAUAAGA